AUGGCUUCAGAUUCGAAAAAGGGAAGUCCCCAAUGCCGACAAGGCCUCGCGAUCGGAAUCGGAAACCACACUUACUCCGGAGCGAUAACCUCCAAACCAAGAACCACAACGUCGGCGGCCAAGAUCCAUGGGCUCCCGCCGGGAUUCAGAUUCCGGCCCACCGACGACGAGCUCGUCGAGUUCUACCUCCUCCCGCGUGCCUGCGGCCACCCCAACCCACUCCAGGGCGUCAUCAUCGAGGACGACGACGCGGGCUGCGCGGCGCCUCCCUGGAAGCUGCUCGCGCGCCACGGCCGUGGCGACGAGGACGAGUCGCGCUUCCUCGUGCGGACCAGUGGCACGAAGGCCGGCGCUCGCGAGGACCGCCGCUGCGGCAGAGGAGGGACGUGGACAGGGCAGAGGCGCCACGACAAUAUUCUCCGCGUCGGUGCCGGCGGCGGCGAGCGGAUCAAGUGGAGCAAAAACGCGCUCAACCUGCACCAGGGCGGCGGCAGGAGCGUCAGCACGGGGUGGGUCAUGCACGAGUACACCGUCACCUGGCCACCCUGCCCGUGCCCGGUCAAGAUCUGCCACGUCGCAUUCACGGGCUACGGCCGGAAGCGCCAGCGCGUGCCGGACAACUGGGAAGACGACGACGCCGAGGGUGAACUGGCACCACCACAAGCCGCGCCGCAUCAGCACGAGCUCGUGGCCACGGCCGCUGCAGCACCUCUGAGAUCACAACGAUGCCGAUGA